GCUGUAUUAAGCCGACCUAAUACACCGCCAGCCUGUCAGACGGGUUGUUCACAUUCGCCGGAGCGUCCACAGGUUACAGUAGAUAUACGUUUUAGAGAGCGUUUUGCCAUUCGAGAGAAAUUCAACAUGUUGACACAAUAUGUUCUGAACGCAGAAGCGAAAUGGAAGGUGGUUUUUGAAGACAUUAUGCGCUGUCGAGAACCGCAGUCUCAAUCAGGUGGUCCUGCUGGCUUCACACUCGAAGAGUUCCGAAAAUAUAUUAGAGAAUUCUUAAGAAAGAAAGACGUUUCAGAUGUUGAAAUCAAGGACAUGUUCUUUGAUCUAGAUGUGGACGGUAAGAAUUUCGUCAACCAGGUCGUAUUUGUGAAGGAGAUGAGCAGAGCGCCGAGACGACAAGCGUAUGAGGCAGCCUUCGAUAUGAAAGACUUCAACAGGGAUGGGAAGCUGGGCCAGGACGAGAUAACCAACGCCUUCCAGAUUGUCGGGGUGAAGGAUGAGCUCGUGAAGAAGUUCUUCAAAGAGGUGGACAUUAAUAAGGACGGCUAUAUUUCCAAGACGGAGUUCAUGAAGAUGGUGUAACGACUAGAUGGAUCAUCUUGGUCACGCUCUCUGGAAGAACUGACCUGUGUCAUUCCCGAAGCGUUUCAUUUGAAUGUCGUUCGAAUGAGUUCCAUUGCUUUAACCUAAAGUUGAUCACGUGGCAAUGUUCCAUGUCGUUGUUUAGAUAUAUUUAUUUUUUUGCUUUUAGUGAUUUCGCUUUAUCAUUAAUCCUUUUAUAUGGCAAAUGUGUGACGUCAACAGUUAAUAUCAGUGAGAUCCAUAUCCCCUACAUUGGCAAUUUUACAUUUUUUGCCAUGUUCAAUCCUUCAAUAAAUCAUCCGGUCGUAAACAACAAUUGGAGCUACUACGCAAACAGCUAAUCGGGAACCGUCGGCAUUUUCCGUGUUCUCACGUUAACAGGAAGUGCCGACGGUUUCCGAUUGCAGACAGCUUCUGUAUUGAUAUUUGUUUUGAGAACUAUCGGAGACCAACGUGUAAAUAUCUUCUGUGAUCCUGAACACUUAGUCACUUCCAUGUUUGUGAACCACGUUGACAUCUGUGUCUGUGCCUCCGUGGACAAUAGUUGUGUUUUUACAUAUGAUAAUUGGCAUUUGUCUUGUCCAUAUGUGUGUACGUCAUGUAACCCUGGUGCUAGUUGUUUUUCCAACCUGUAACUGUAUUUGACUUCAUGAUUGUAGGCGUCAAUCAUAAUUGUAUCUGCAUUACAUGUACUCAUUAUUUUCUUUUCGUUAACGAAUCUAACUUGACAAUAAAUAUAGAUCAUUUAUAGCA